AUGUCCAACACCACCUUCCCCACAGAGUUCCUCCUCCUGCCAUUUGCAGACACGCGUGAGCUGCAGCUCCUGCACUUCGGGCUCUUCCUGGGCAUCUACCUGGCUGCCCUCCUGGGCAAUGGCCUCAUCCUCACAGCCGUAGCCUGCGACCACCGCCUCCACACCCCCAUGUACUUCUUCCUCCUCAACCUUGCCCUCCUUGACCUGGGCACUAUUUCCACCACUGUUCCCAAAGCCAUGGCCAAUAUGCUCUGGGACACCAGGGCCAUUUCCUAUGCAGGUUGUGCUACCCAGGUCUUUUUCUUUGUUGUCUUUGUCACAGUGGAGUUUUAUCUUCUCACCAUCAUGGCUUAUGACCACUACGUUGCCAUCUGCAGACCCUUGCACUAUGGGACAAUAAUGACCAGCAGAGCUUGGGUCAACAUGGCAGCAGCUGCCUGGGUCAGUAGUACUCUCAAUGCUUUAGUGCACACUGCCAAUACCUUUUCCCUCCCCCUCUGCCAAGGUAAUGCCCUGGACCAGUUCUUCUGUGAAAUUCCACAGAUCCUCAAGCUUUCCUGCUCCGACUCAUACCUCAGACAGGUUGGGCUUCUUCUGGUUAGUGCUGUUUUAUCAUUUGAGUGUUUUGUUUUCCUUGUGAUGUCCUAUGUACAAAUAUUCAGGGCUGUGCUGAGGAUCCCUUCUGAGCAGGGCAGGCACAAAACCUUUUCCACGUGCCUCCCUCACCUGGCCGUUGUCUCCCUGUUUCUUAGUACUGUCAUGUUUUCCUACCUGAAACCCUCCUCCUUCUCUUCCCCAUCCUUGAAUCUUUUGCUGGCAAUUCUGUACUCGGUGGUACCUCCAGCAGUGAACCCCCUCAUCUACAGCAUGAGGAACCAGGAGCUCAAAGAUGCAAUUAGGAAGCUGAUCUGGGGGAUGUUUUUCAGUACUCAUAAAGAUCCCUUCACUGUCCAAUAA